AGGAGCUGCCUGGAGAUGCUGCUGCUGUUCCUCCUGCUGCUGCUGCUGCUGCUGCUGCUGCCGCCACUGUCCAGGCUCUGGCAGCCGUGGUCGCCGGGGCCCAGGCUGUCCUGGCUUGCCUGCCUCCAGCACCGGGUGGCAUGGGGCGCCCUGUGCUGGGCAGCCGCCUGGCAGCGGCGGAGACUGGAGCAGAGCACGCUGCGUGCCGGCCAGAGCCAGCAGCAGGCCCUGAGGUGGUGUCUGCAGGGAGCCCCCGGCCCCCGCCGCCCGCUCAGGGGGAGCACAGAUAUGAGCGCCUUCCGGAGUCAUCUCCCUCUGACCAAGGCCAGCCUGGCCCAGGAGGAAGAAAGUGGGGAGCAGCUCCUGCCCCCUGCCUCAAAGCAGCACCAUGGGAAGGCCUCUCUGCAGGUAAACAGCUCUCCCAUGGACCCCAACUUGCAGCCACACCCUCCCCUCAGGGUGGGCAAAGACUCCCCAGAUGGGGGGCCAACACCCUGUCCUGUCUCCCUCCAGGCCACCUUGCUGGGUCUGGCAGCCCUGAACAAGGCCCACCCAGAGGUCCUGGUCCCAGGAGGCACAGCCUGCCUGACUCCUACAUCCCCCUGGCCCAGCCCCCUCCCCUGGCCUUGGCGGGUCCCCAGCCCGGGGAGCGCCCCUGGAGCCAAGGACCCUGGGGCCCUGCUGCUGGAAGCACUGAGGUCCCCGGGGCUGCGGGCACUGGAAGCCAGGACGGCGGUCGAACUCCUGGACGUCUUCUCGGGCCUGGAAGCCAAUGGCGAAGAGCUGGCCCGGGCGCUGGCUGCCGGGGGCCCCGGAGCACCCCUCCCCUGGCGGGCAGCUGAGCUGCGGGAAGCCCUGGAGCAGGGACCCCGAGGCCUGGCCCUGCGGCUCUGGCCGCAGCUGCAGGUGGUGGUGACUCUGGACGCGGGAGGCCAGGCCGAGGCUGUGGCUGCCCUGCGGGCCUUGUGGUGCCGAGGGCUCGCCUUCUUCUCGCCUGCGUAUGCUGCCGCCGGAGGGGUGGUGGGCCUGAACCUAUGGCCGGAGCAGCCUGGUGGGCUCUACCUCCUGCCCCCUGGCGCUCCCUUGAUUGAGCUGCUCCCGGUCCGGGAAGGAGGCCAGGAAGAGGCUGCCACCACCGUCCUGCUGGCCGAGGCCCAGGAGGGCGAGGAGUAUGAGCUGGUGCUGACUGACCACACCAGCCUUACCAGGUGCCGCCUGGGCGAUGUGGUGCGGGUGGUUGGUGCCUACAAUCAGUGCCCCGUCGUCAGGUUCGUCCGCAGGCUGAGCCAGACGCUGAGCGUGCGAGGAGAAGACAUCGGUGAGGACGUGUUUUCUGAGGCCCUGAGCCGGGCGGUGGGACAGUGGCCAGGGGCCACGCUGUUGGACCACGGCUGUGUGGAGAGCAGCGUUCUGGAUUCCUCCGGGGGCUCUGCUCCCCACUAUGAAGUGUUUGUGGCCCUGAGGGGGCUGAGAAACCUGUCUGAGGAAAAUCGAGACAAGCUGGACCACUGCCUCCAGGAAACCUAUCCCCGCUACAAGUCCCUGCGCUUCCGGGGCAGCGUGGGCCCUGCCCGAGUCCAGCUGGUGGGGCCCGAGGCCUUCCGAGAGCUCCGGGCGGCCCUGGCGGCCUCUCCCUCGUCGCCCUUCCCGCCCGAGAUGCCUCGGGUCCUCAGGCACAGGCGCCUGGCCCGGCUCCUGCAGAGGAGAGUGUUGUCCUGAGCCGAGGCCCGCCCACUGCCCCCCGCCCCCCAGAAGCUGCCUCUCUCUCUCCUCUGGGGCUUCCCUAGACGGGGAGCCCUUGGCCAGGGUCUCUGACUCUGUCACCCGUCAGUUGCUCGUCAGAGCUGCUGGGUCUUAGGGAGGUCCAACCUGGUCAGCCAGGUCUGGAGAGGUGGCCUCGGGGUGUGCCAGACACCAGCAGCACCCUGCCCGGAGCCCACCCUGGAGGAAGCUGACGGAGAGCUCCCACACACGCCGGUCUCAGCCCAGCGCGCUGGGCGGGCUGCAAGUGCCGGGAGUUAACGUUCCCAGGAGCCACCUUCCGUUGGCCAGGAGCAGGCGCUGUGAAUGCCGACCCCAGCCUCACUGUCCUGCAGUGCGACGAUUCUGACGCGUGUUCUGUGCCAGCUGCCCACGGGUCACGGUUAACACAGUUCUUAUGCUUUCCUCCCGUCCUUCCCGUCCCCACUGCCUUACGUGUUUUCUGGGUUCAGCUCCCUAAUAAACCUCUUGCACCCAGA